UGUGUGAGUCAGUGACGUAGCCCCUCCCCCGGGUGAUGUAACAGUGGUGGGCGGGGUUCUGAGCACAGAGCGCUGAGUGCUGCUGCUGGCUGGAUGGAUGGAGCUCAGGAGACGCCGCGGGUCGUCGUGUGACGGUAACUGCGAGUUCUUGAGAUAUUGGACAUAAUCGUCGGGUCCCUCACUAUCAGAGGAGGUGACAGGACUGGUGGUUAUAUCAUAAUACAUCAGGGCCUUAUCAAUGCCUUUGGAGGUGGGAGGUCAGGGCUGUCUGCCCCGGUUCGUACCUCACUGGAAUCACUUGCUUCCCUCUCUAGGUCUGGUCUAGGAACCUUUUUUACUCGGGAUGCAUGGAUCCAGGUAUGCUGAAAAAAAGGCAUUCUUCAAAUCAAUUACAGAGAAGAACGCAGCAUCUGCAGGGAUUGCAGAAAUGAGUGGUCUCCUAGACCAUGACCAUUGAGGAUCUGACGGUCCAUUACCCUGAAGAACACUCUUGGCCAUUUCAGCCCGGCUUGCAGGCUUGUUUCCUUGACCUGAGCAGGCCCGUCACCUUCUCUGUGGCUGCCGCCCCCAUGCCAUCGGACUGCGAAUUCUCAUUUUUUGACCCAAACGAUGCUUCAUGCCAGGAUAUUUUGUUUGACCCAAACACCACCGUGUCUGAACUGUUUGCUAUAUUAAGGCAAUGGGUCCCCCAGGUUCAGCAGAGUAUCGAUAUGAUUGGUAAUGAGAUCCUGAAGAGAGGGUGCAACGUCAAUGACCGGGACGGACUGACGGACAUGACCCUUCUUCAUUACACUUGUAAAUCUGGAGCACAAGGCAUCGGUGAUGUGGACACUGCCGCCAAGUUUGCCUCCUACCUAAUUGACGUUGGGGCAGACAUAAGCUUACGAAGCCGCUGGACGAACAUGAAUGCCCUGCACUAUGCGGCCUACUUUGACGUCCCAGAGAUAAUACACGUAAUCCUGAAAGCCUCAAAGCCAAAAGAUGCGGACGCCACCUGUAGCGACUUUGAUUUUGGAACCGCUCUGCACAUUGCGGCUUCAAACCUGUGCCUGGGAGCCGUGAAAGCCCUGCUGGAGAACAGAGCUAAUCCUGCCUUCAGGGACGACAGAGGGCGCAUUCCAGCAGACGUGGUUCCUGACCCUGUAGACAUGCCUCUGGAGAUGGCUGAUGCAGCCGCAGUUGCCAAGGAAAUCAGGCAGAUCCUGCUGGACGCCAUGCCGCUGUCGUGUGAUCUCUCGCAGGACUCCCUCCCCGACUGUGACAGUGUACCGGGAAAUGCGCUGAAGCCGGGAGACAGAGUGCUGAUAGCCGGACAGAAGGUGGGCACAUUGAGGUUUUGUGGAACCACGCAGUUUGCAACUGGCCAGUGGGCUGGCGUUGAGAUGGACGAAUCCGAAGGAAAGAACGACGGCGCCAUCGCUGGAGUGCAGUAUUUUAAAUGUUCCCCAAAACAUGGUAUUUUCGCACCGCUGUCCAAGAUAAGAAGGGCGAGUGAACCAAUGAAGACUUUUAUCAGAAGCUCGUCUACCAAGAUGCCUGGUUCCGUCAAGGCUCCGAAGAUCGACCUGAGUCGCGUGACGUCGAAAGUUAACAGCGGGCUGAUUCCAUCCAAGAAAAAUACGACAUCUCUUCAAAGCCACGAUGAUUCCUCUAAUCCUCUGCCUACAAAGAAAGUGUUCUACAUCGGAUCCAGCAGCUUCUAUUCUUGCUCUUCCUCAUCAUCCUCCUCCUUUCUAGAGACUAAGCCGCCCCUCCCCAGUCAUCACCGGCUGUCAGCCUCCAUUCCAUGUAUGCAGAACGCGGUGCCAUCCCAGGGGAGUCCACCUUCAGAACAGGCCGAAUUCCAGCCUGGCGACCGCGUUCUUGUUGUCGGUCAGAGAAUCGGCACUAUAAGAUUUUAUGGGAAGACUAACUUUUCCCCAGGUUUGUGGUGCGGCAUUGAGCUGGAUAAGCCUCAUGGUAAAAACAACGGCUCUAUCUCUGGCGUUCAGUAUUUUACCUGUCCCCCCAAACACGGAGUGUUCGCGCCACCAUCCAGAGUCCAGAGGAUCUCUGGAUCCCUGGAUUCCCUGUCUGAGAUUCCUGCAAGUAAACUGGAUCACUCUUUCCCAGGGUUCAAAAGAAGCCUCAGCUCCACAUCUACUGCAGCCUCCCAGAAAGAAAUCGAUCGUAGGCACUCGUUUGGCAGGCCACGGAAGCCCAUUCUCCGUCGGAGCUGGAGUAGUACAAGUUCCACCAGCACCAGUGAUGGGGCUGUGAAGCUGCACAAAGGUUCUCAGGUCCUCCUAACCAGCUCCAAUGAGAUGGCCAUCAUCAGAUACAUUGGCUCUACAGACUUUGCUCCCGGUGUGUGGCUGGGCCUGGAGCUUCGUUCCGCCAAGGGAAAGAACGAUGGAUCUGUCGGGGAGAAGAGGUACUUCCACUGCAAGCCAAACCACGGGGUCCUGGUCAGGCCGGGCAGAGUGACCUACAGGGGCAUUAAUGGAUCCAAACUUGUGGAUGAAACCUGCUGACCCAAAUAUCGAUGAUUUCAAUGAAACCAUUAUACACGAGAAGUGGGUCUUAUAUGCCUGUUACAAUCUGUAAUACUAAUCUACUGAUGCAAGGGGGUGUUUUGUAUUCGUUGUCUUAGUCUAAUUUUGUUUUCUCCGCUUUUUUCCCUCUUAGUUGUUAGGUUUUUUUAAUGUUUAUCUUAAUUAAGAUUAUGUAUUAUGGGUUAAAUACUUAUCCCCAAAUUCUGUACGGCUCCACAUUUGCGUCGAUGGAUGGGUUGACUCGAUAUGUCCUUACGGAAAACCUACAACGCCAUAAAUGAACUUGUACCCUUGGUGAAUGAUUGCAGGCUGCCCGUCACUGCCAGACAUUCUGUAUUGCCGCAGUGGCAUAGGGUGGAUGCCCCCUCCCCCAACUGAAAAUUAUACCGGUGCUGUGGCCACAAUGUGAGGAUGUGACUUUGGUCUCGCAACAAUGCACCCUAAGGUCUCAGCAUCGAUCCGGAACUAGAACAGAAGCACUUUAACUUCUUAUUCUUCUUCUAUUUGUCUGUUACGUUUUUUUUUGUCGUUUGCAACUAUUGUAAAAACUUUUGCUGCAGGUUACGUGACGCAAUCGCGGAUUAGCACACAAAUCCUCAGGACUAAGGUCAACACGUGUAUAAAUUCACUUCUUCCAGUCCAAUAUUGUGGCUGUCUCUGUUAAGGGAACCCUCAUAGCCAUUUAACAAACUGUCACCGGCCAAAACCCGAGUAAAACUCUAUUUGAAUCUGAAUUGUUUUUCAAAUCACAAAUAAUUCUAAACUUUGUUCUCCUCCAGAGUCCAGCCAAACAACGUUGAUUUGUCAUCCGUCCUAAUUAACUAUCGCAUUUCGCAUGGUUGUGUCGUUUUGGAGGAGCGUAGAACAGUCGCAUACAUCGUAAUAAAAAACAUUUUGUAUCAGGCUUCUGAUCCAGUCUGAGAUGUCAACUUGCAAAUUGUAUAAUCUUUCCCCUUACACGUUGAACGGGCGUGCUGUACAGGCCCACUCAGGAACCGAGCUUUAACUGACUAACGCGUUUCUAUCUAAAAACUAAAACUGUUCCCAGUUGUAUGUCUGUGGACAGUAAUGCUGCGCUGAUGCAUUGACUCUUCCUGGGGGCUCCAUAUAAGUUAUGUUGCUUUGACCUCCACAAAAUCUCUUCCCUUCUCACAGUGAUAUAAAAAAAAAAAAAAAAUUCUGUUCUUUCUUUUCCCAGUGACUGUAUGUUUCCAUCUCCCAAACACUUCUCUUCUGCAUUGCUCAGCCUGAGAACUGUCCUAUGCUUUUAGUCGUGUGGGUAUAUAAAAGGACACUUGUCUUUUAGCAGAAGUCACUCCAGGGUUCCUUUAUCUAUAUUUCAUAUAGUAAAAUAAAUACAUUAAGCUAAAAGGGCUACAAAGCCCGUGGAGGAUGGAGAAUUUCAUUUAUGAAACGACAGAGUCGUCUUUGGAGGAGUUAUGUAGAUAGGGCUACUUUGUUUUAGGUCAGAUUUUAAUGAGCGUUCUUUUCGGCUAAGAGUUUAUCAGUGAAUGACAUAGGUGGAGACCUGCCAUGGUAUAUAUAUAAAGGUGGAUGUAAUAUGUACAAGAGAAAUUAUUACCUUGGGGAGAUGUUGGUGUUGGGAGUUAAAUUCUGGGUAUACGGUUAUAUACUUGGCCAAUAAAGUUUAUUCUGAUUCUAACUGUUGGCAAUGAUGGCCCAUGUAGUUUGGGAAAUGUGUGAUAUGAGUAUUAUAAUAAUCAAUGACCUGGAUCACAUAAGAGCACCACCUAGAGCCUGUCAGUAUGUACUGCACCGCAUCAAUUAAGCUGCAACAAAAGGAUGACUCUUUCCAUCAAUUUCCUUAGGAGUCUGCCUCUCUACAAGCGUAUUAACCUCGUUGUAAUCUGCAAAAUAUAUCCUGCAACUAAAAUAAUGUCUGUACCGUGCAUCCUUGAUCUAUAAGCCAGUUUAUCUUCCUUCUCUAGUACUGGCACCACUCGUAGUUACCUUACCAUAAGAUGGUUGUCCAUACUGGUUACGCUCAUAGAUAAGGCUUGCACACUUUAGUGUAGAUGGAGGCAAACUAUCUUCUGACCCGAUUCACCGAUGUGCCCAUAUUAUGCAAUACCCAGGCCAAUUGGCUGCUAUCAGUGACAUAAGAGCCAUGGCCGCUUCAUGUCCGUGUUACCACGCACGUGUAAACCUUCUUUGCUGCGACGAUUAUUUGAGUAAUAACUUUGUUUUUUAUCAUGAGAAAAGAUAACGUGUCUUUGUAUAACUGACCAGAUGAAUGUCAAAGCCCUACAGAGCUGAAAUGUCUCUGCAUUCUGUAUAUUUGUAACUAUUAAAGCAUGACGGACUGUUCUAUUAUGUAAAGCAUUAAAGUUUAAUAAAUACUGUAUACUAUUAUA